GAUGCCAGCAGGCGGCAUGCAAGGACAACCGAAUGCGCCGACGCCGCCGCCGCCACCACGCAGCGUACGGUUUGCAUAUUCAGAGGAAGUGAUUCCCCCCCAUACACCAACUGAAAAGGAAGACUGCGCCUCGGAUCGAACACAAACCCCUGCUCCCCUCCAACGUGAAUCAGGGAAUGGGCUGCUUGGGCUCAAGAUUCGGAACUUCGGGCCAAUGACAAUCAAACAAAACUACCAGGGUAUGGGAGGAACGGGUAGCGCGGUCUGGCACGCGGCCGAAGCAAUGCUCCAGCUCAUGAAAAACCCUGCGUACAUCUCGAUGCUCCAUGGCCGAAAAGUGCUCGAGCUUGGUGCGGGCACUGGUAUGAAUUCCAUUGCCGCGGCCUUGUUGAAUGCGACUGUCGUGGCCACCGAUAAAGACCCCGACGCACUCGCGCUGAUUCAAACCAACCUCGACGCGAAUCAGCACCUUCUACCCAGUCGACCGCCCAUCCGCUCGCUUGUGUGGGGCAACCAAGAGAGCAUCCAGGCCAUCAAGGACGAGUUUGGGCUUUUUGACGUGAUUCUUGGCAGUGAUUUGCUCUUUGAAGCCCUUCAAGGAGAGCUUUUGGUCACUAUCUACGAGCUGUGCGCGAUCGAUGGCGUCGCCAUUUUGACCCACUCGCCGCGAGACCCCCGUCGUGAGCGGUUGCUUCUCCAGAGCUUCGAGUCCUACUUUACCAUGUCCGAGGUAUCUCCGCUGGUUUCCAUAUCCCCAAUUCACAACGCUGUGUCGCUGUUUCACAGCACAUCGUGUCUGGCACGCCAGUUGUUUGCACGACGCUGAAGCGCAAAGUCAAGUAUUAUUGAGCAAAACACUCGGCUAAUCGCGCAUCCACGUCAUCCCAAUCGUCUGUGUAACGUGGCCAACGAUAGCGAGUAUUGCAUGCAGAGCCAGCAAUGCAUUGACCACACUGAGAGAAGGGCGAGAGCACCAGUCUAUUCCCGAGCCCAUCAUUCAAUACGAGCACACCACGGCGAUUUGUUGCGUUCGA